AUGAAAUAUUGGCGGACCGCUGUUGAGGAUAUUGUUCCAGAUUUUCUGCCAGAGAAAUACGUGAGUGAUAAACAAGUAUUUAAAAUGCUUGAAGAAGAUGAGAUGAUGGAAGAACUGGAACCAGAAUUGGACAGUUUGGAAAUAACUGACAUAACAGAUCAAAUAGUAAAUAAGUUGACCAAUGAUGAUAUGGAAGUGCCAAGGGAAAAGGACCGAAUUUCCCAUGAAAAACAAGCCGAGGACAAUGAAAAGUGCCUGACAUGAGUAGAAAAUAAGGAAAAACCAGGCAUUGUUGAAAAGGACGACAUUAUUUAUAUCAUGGUAGCCACUAAUGAUAACGUUCUACUUAAUCCGAAAUUAAGAACACGUGAUCUAUUGACUGAUCGAAAUUGAGAUGACGACUUACAAGAGGAAAUAGAAAUUAUCACCGAGCAAGCAAAAUUCUUAACUCCUUUUGAUCAGAAUGGCUUCGGGGAUUAUCAAAUGCAAAUCAUAUGUUG